ACAUCUGAAUGUGAUAAUCAAUUGGUGUGUGAUUAUUUUAUUACCAACCCAAAAGGUAGUGAUUAGAAAAUCAGGUUACCUUUUCUGCACUGGCCUUGCCCAGGAAUCUAGAACACGUGUUCCACGAAUUGAACUGGAAUUUCCCACCAUUCUGUCAAAUGCAUCAUUCCCAACCUCUGUGAAGUUGGUAAACAGGGCCAGUCCCACAAAUGAUGUCUCUCACACCUUCAAGGGAAUAAGAAAGCGAUUCCAAAAAUUUCCUACGUACUUUCCCCAAAACAGCCCAGAAGUUAAAAGUGCCUCUGGCCCUCAAUGAUUUGUUUUUGUAGUUUGGGAGCUCAAGAGCUGAAGAAAUCCAAAGCAGCUGCUACAGGUGGACUUGACAGCGAUGGACCAGCCUCAGCUGUAUCUUCCAGAGUCUUCUAAGGGUGCCUGUGGAAGAGUUGGUCAGUACCGAAGACUCCAGCAACACAGAAAGAAAAAUGGCCCUUUCAAAAGGAAGGGGAUUGAAAGGUGGCAUAGAGCUGUGUCCACCAACUUGGUAAAACAAAACGUAUUGGUCCCCAAAGAUGAAUCGUCUGCUGACAGUGACAAGGAAUUUCAUGAAAGCCAGCAAAACCAAAAAAAAACUGUGAUGAAGAAAAUGAAGACUGUUUUGGGAAGGAUGCUGUCCUACAAAUGGAGAAGCAAGUCGGCAAGUGUCAGCAGAGGGGCCUCCACUUACCAUAAGGAAACCUUCCUUUCCAACCCGCAGAGCUUUCUUCCUAGAAUUGUCAAGGAGCUUCCAGCCCCCAGGUUAUUUGCCAAACCAAGAACGAGAAAGCUGUCACAGAAUGCGACUGUACAACUUGAUGUUGUAGAAGCAGAAACAGAGGCGAUAACCCAAGGAAAUACACUGCUUCGGGCCAGGAGAACCACCAAGCGGUUAUCUGUGACGUCCCUUCCUUCAGGACUGCAAAAGGUUCCAUAUUCAUCAAAAAAGAGAUCACACUUUCCAGCACUUAAAAAAAAGAAGCGUGGCAUGAAAAACAUCCUCCGAAAAUCAGAUUUGACAGUAGGAAAACUUCAAAUGCAGGUGGAUGACCUCAUAGAAACAGUGACAGAUAAAUCCAUGAAGUUAUUGGCCCAAAGACAUGCUGAGCUUCAACAGUGUGAAUUUCUAGGGGACGAAAUUCUUCAGUCUUCGAAGCAGUUCCAGAGGAUAUCCAAGAGAACCAUGAGGAAGUAUAAAUUGAAAAAUAUAAGAAUUCUUAUUAAAAUUACAAAAACUAACAUUGUGUAA